AUGCAAAAGGAGACUGGCUGCAGGAAGUGUGUUCUUUUAAUCUUCAGGAAGAAGCAGUUCCUCGACAUCUCCGUUAAAUGGACCUUCCAGGAAACCUUUCCGCCAAAGUACCUUCAUUAUGACUCCGAAACCUCUCGUCAGCUGAUGUGUGACAAAUGUCCUCCCGGCACCUACUUAAAGCAGCACUGUACGGCAAGGCGGAAGACCCUGUGUGCCCCGUGCCCGGACCACCACUACACAGACACGUGGCACACCAGUGACGAAUGUCUGUACUGCAACCCAGUGUGCAAGGAGCUGCAGGAUGUCAAGCAGGAGUGCAACCGGACCCACAACCUCGUGUGUGAAUGCCAGGAAGGACGCUACCUCGAGGUGGAGUUCUGCUUGAAGCACAGGGCGUGUCCCCCUGGCUAUGGAGUGGCACAAGCGGGAACCCCGGAGCGGAAUACAGUCUGCAAAAGAUGUCCAGAUGGCUUCUUCUCAAAUGAGACCUCAUCUAAAGCAGCCUGUCGAAAACACACAAACUGCAGUGCCCUUGGCCUCCUGCUCAUUCAGAAAGGAAAUGCCGUGCACGACAAUAUGUGCUCUGGGGACAGUGGAUCAAGUCCAAAAUGCGGAAUAGAUGUCACUUUAUGUGAAGAGGCAUUCUUCCGCUUUGCUGUUCCUACAAAGGUGACCCCUAAUUGGCUCAGCGUCCUGGUAGACAAUUUGCCCGGCACCAAAGUCAAUGCGGAGAGUGUAGAGAGGAUAAAAAGGCGACACAGCUCACAAGAACAGACUUUCCAGCUGCUGAAGUUAUGGAAGCAUCAAAACAGAGACCAAAACAUGGUCAAGAAGAUCAUCCAAGACAUUGACCUCUGUGAAAACAGUGUGCAGAGGCACAUUGGCCAUGUCAACCUCACCUUCCAGCAGCUCAGCAACUUGAUGGAAAGCUUCCCGGGGAAGAAAGUUGGCACAGACGACAUUGAAAGGACCACGAAGACAUGCACGUCCAGUGAACAGAUACUGAAGCUGCUCAGCCUGUGGAGAACGAAAAAUGGCGACCAAGACACCUUGAAGGGCCUAAUGCAUGGACUGAAGCACAUGAAAGCAUACCAUUUGCCCAAAACUGUCACUCAGAGUCUAAGGAAAACCAUCCGGUUCCUGCACAGCUUCACCAUGUACAGGUUAUACCAGAAGCUCUUUUUAGAAAUGAUAGGGAACCAAGUCCAGUCAGUCAAAAUAAGCUGCUUAUAAAUGGAAGCGGUCACUAGCCUGUUUCCUCCCUAGGAGUCAGAUCCGAUGGGCACGUGAACUGUUUCUCAGGCACUUGAAGGGGGUCUAGUGAGUCCUUUCUCACCACCAAUGCCUACCUUUUCCCCCCACCCCCCAAGGCACUACAUGAAACUAUGAUGUGGAGAAAGAACCAGGGCUCCCCAAAAGUUUAAUAAACACCAAAUCGUGUAUCCACCUGUCAGAUCUGGUCCAAUAGCUACUGACUAUAUUUUCCCAUAUUACUGCUUGCAGUAAUUCAACUGGAAAUAAUAAACUAGACUCUAUUGUCCCUUACUAAAUAUGGGAAUGUCUAACUUAAGUAGCUUGGAGAUUUCAGCAAUGCUAGAGGCUUUUAUUAGAAAGCCCUAUUUUUUUUUUCUGUAAAAGUUACUAAUAUAUCUGUAACACUAUUUCAGUAUUUGCUAUUUAUAUUCACUCGGAUAUAAGGUUUGUAUAUAUUAUCAUCCGAAAGGGAAACUGUGUAAGACAAUUUUAGAAAGAAAAAAAAUAUGUUCUGUUUAUUAUUGUGACAGGUGAAAGAAAUGAAAUAUAUUUUUUAACGGAAAGUGUGUAGCAUUUUCUAAUAGGUACUGAGAUUUUUCUAUGUGGAGUGUUUAUAUAAUAUAAUUUUAUCUGUAUAAGCUGUUAUAUCAAUGUAUAGAACAUUCAUUAUUUAGUCCCUUGUUUAAUGUUGGAAAGUGUAUGAAAUAUAAGUUAUCUGAAUAUUAGAUGCUCUGAGAAAUUAAAUGUACUUUAUUUAAAAGAUUUUAUGAUCUUACAAUAUAAGCAACAUCAUUAAAGUUUUCAAAUUAUUUUUCA